AUGGGCGUCUUUCGGCUGACUUCUCUCGUGCGCAGCAGUCUGCCCCACCGAGUUGGGACACUCGCGCCGGCUGAAGGGCUCCGCGCCCUGCCAGUCGACGUCGGCAGCCUGGUGUAUGUCCUGUCCCGGAGUCACUAUGUUUACGCCGGCCAAACUCGAAGCAUCGGCUACGAUGCGCCGCUGAUUGCCCCGUAUCUCGACGCCCUCAUCGGCUGGCUGAAUCAUCACCGGUUGUACCCCAUCUUUGUGGCCGACGGGGCCGUUGCCCCGGAGAAGGCGGCCACCGCUUUGAGUCGCUUUCGUGACAAGACCCGCGACCUGACCGGGGCCCUUUCUAGCCUGGUGGCCGGCGACGUCACCGGCUUGCGUGUGAUCAGCGAUACCAUCGCCUUUCCCAACAUCCGUGCGAAUGUCCAAGGGUAUCUGGCGGCCCAGGCACACGCCCGCCCCGACAGGCUGGCCUUCAUUGGGUCCCCCGCCGAGGCCGAUGACAUCUUGGCCCUGCUGAGUCUCUACUUCAGCACUCCUGUUGUCAGCAAUGACUCGGACUUCUUCGUCCAUGCCUUUGGCCAGGUGAAGAUGUCGUCCCUCUUCCAGAAGCAAUUUCGCCUGGAGCGCGACCCGGCUGACCACCGGCCGAUCUUCGUCCCGGGUGAUGCCUAUGACGUGCCGCUCCCCGGCGAAACCCUCCUCACCUCCACGCUGGCCACCAUGCUCUCAACAACCGUCACCAAGCUGGCCUGGCUGCCAUUGAUCUUGGGCUGCGACUUCGGGCCACCUGACCUACGCCUAUGGAGCCUCCUCUUUGAUGGGUUCCGAUUUGCUCCCAAGUACCAAAAUCGCUUGCUGUACUACUAUCGCAUUGUGCCCGGGUGCUACAAGGACCGCAACUCCUCCUGGCCGGUGGACGGGGCCAAUUUCCACCCCUUCUGGCAAACGCUCAUGAAGGGGGUGCAUAUGACCACGGAAAUCCUGCGCGUCAUACUGCUUAACCUGCCGGAACCGGCGGCAUUGGAGGAGUUCCUCCGCCAGCCGGCCAGCCAUCUGCCCGGGGUCCGGGCCGAAGUUGUGGCGUCCAUGCGCCGGCAUCGGGACCAGCUGGGGCCCCUGGUCGAGUAUUUGCACCAAUGUAGCGGCCCGGGCACCCUGAUGCUGAAGGCCAAUCGCUUUCAAGCCGCCCUCGGCCAGGGGGCCCCCGCGCCGGUCAGUGUCUCCGGUGUCAAGCCCCUUCACGAUGGGAUUUUACUUUGCCUCGGGAUUUUCAAUGCCGGCCUUGACUGCCUCUCCGAAGGUCGCAUGCUGAAGUUCGCCACGGAUCUCCAUGCCUUCCUGUCCAGGGAGCGCCUUCCCAUCCUGGCGGAGCCCUGGUGCAUUUUUGCCACCCGGCCGCCGCCGAAUCUUCCCGCCAGCAUAGCCCCCCCUGCCCCGGGAUCCGAGGCUGGCUCGGGCCGAUGUCGCUGCCGCGAGGCCUUGUACCUGGUGCAGCCGCUGAUGCAGCAGUGCUUCCACUUGCCGCUCUUCCACCUGGCCUUCGGCUCGGCUUUUACCGGCGUUCCUGCAGAUCUGGCCCUACCAAGUGUGGCAGCCCUACUGGCUGGACACCAACGAAGUGGCCACCAGCUGACCUUCUUCCUGCCGGUCGUACCGCAGUAUGCCCUCCAGCCGGGGGCUGGCACUGUUUGGGAUCCCACCUGGCCGGUUCGCUUUUUGUCGUAUGUCAUGCUGGCACGCGGGCCCGGAGGCCGAGCCCAAGACUCGGACCCCCAAUCGGUGACCGAGUAUCAAACUGCCCCGGCGCCGUUGGAGCCCCAGCGCCCGGCGGUCAUUGCCUCGGGCGCCGGCGACCGGAAGCCCAUCAUCUACCAGCUGAGUGCCUUUCAAGACCCGGCGGCCGCCCUCUUGAAAAAGGUGGAUGGGCUUCUGGCGAGGGACCUCGAUCGGGCCAUUGAUCGAGUGCUGCUGGCGAUCAUGGUUGUGGUGACCGCCGCCGAGGCCGGCCCCGGAACCCCUGGCAGCCCACCGGACAUCGAUGACGUUGCCCUUGCCCGGGAUUUGACCAGCCUGUGCACGGCCAUGGCCGACAUCCCGGGGCUGGAGCCUCUUCCCCUCGGGCCCGGGGUGCCGGAUGCCGUGCGCACGGCAGCCAUGGUGGCCCUUCCCCUGGCCGCUGUGCCGCCGGCGCAGGCCGAUCUCCUGCAGGCCACCGAGCACAUCCUCAAGUGGAGCUUGACAUCGGCAAAUCGCCAGGCCCAGGCCACCUCGGCCCCCGAGUCCCUGCCCGCCCGGCUAACAGCCUUUUCCCUGGACAUGGCCACCGUGUGCUCCUGGCUGGACCUUUAUUCGGCGCUCUCUGGCCGGCGGCUGGCGAUUCUGCUUCGGCGCAGCACUCCCGGCAGCCGGGUUUGCCAAUUCACCGCCCGGUCCCUGGUGGCCGAGCGUCUCUUGGCCGUGCUGAAUUCCGGCACCCUGUGAAGACAGCCGCGCCGAAGGGGGCCCACCUGGCUGGCGGAAUACACCUAUCUCUCG